AUGUCUGCAUUGCACAUCCCACCUGUAACGAUAGAAGACCUGCAGGCAUUUCAAGCUAAACACUUUCCCGGAAGUGCCCAGUCUCUCGUAUCUGAGUAUGCAUCCAAUGAAAAUGUAGCAGACGAGCUUGCAGACGAUGAUGAUGACCUUGGAUACUACCCCGAUGGUGUGAAGCGCACCCUGACGGACGAGCAGAUAAAAAUAUUCAGACAUAGUGAGAUACACUCACUUUUACGCGAAAGACAACUUAGGGAAGAGGAGGAGGAGACUCUGAAAGUUUCUGAAUCCUAUGAAUCUAAGGACAAUCAAGCAGAUGAUAAUGACACUGCUGAGAAGCGAUCUAAUGUCGGUGUAACUGAUCAAUCGACAGGCGAGGAUCAACAAGCGAGAGCCCUGCAGUCCAAUACCAGGCAGUCAGCGACCAGAAACCAGACCGUAGAUAACAGCACGAACCCUACGCUGGAUUAUGAUGAAGACGCUUCUGGGGGUACUCACAAGUCUUCUCCAUCAGGUUAUCAUUCUCAUUUGGCUGGUCGCAGGAUCGUUUCGUAUGAAGAUUAG